AACAAAGUACUCAAUAACAAGUGUUUUAGGAUGUUGCUGUUUUGUAUUAUUGCGUUUGCCACCCUCGCUACUAUCGAAGCUGGUCCCAGAGCAAAUCAAAGUAACUGGACACCCCUGGAUGACUAUGUAUAUCGAGAGGACGACUAUUUCGACUAUGAUCCAAUAGAAUAUAGACCUGGCCUAAUCUCUAACGUACACGUCCUCAACCUUACAUCACAAAGAUGGAAAAACGAGUCGGUGACAAAUCAAAGUAUUUGGACUCAUCCUCUUAGCAUAUUCCUUCCACACGACCUCCAAUUCCCCGACGCUUGCCUACUCUUUAUCCACGUUGGUGAUAUUGGAGAUCCGAUACCCGAUGAAGACAACGAUGACUUCUACACCUUGGUCGGAUUAUUUGCAGAGCUCACUGGUGCACCUGUUGCAUAUUUGAGAAACGUCCCAAACCAACCGAUGGGGUUCGUUGAUGAUUCCCGACAAUGGAACAGACGAGAGGAUUCUAUUAUCGCCUACACGUGGAAGAAGUUCAUCAUUGACAACAAUGCUACAGACCCCGAAAUAAUUAUCUUCUUCCCUAUGGUCAAGGCUGCCGUUCGAGCUAUGGACGCAGUGCAAGAAUAUGCAUUUAGGGUCGACCCAAGGACUGCCAUCACAAAGUUCAUUCCCGCUGGUGGAUCUAAGAGAGGUUGGACUGCAUGGUUAACUGCAGCUGUUGACGACCGUGUGGUCGGAGUUGCCCCGUUUGUGUUCACUCUUCUCAACUUGCGUGAUGUAUUGCGCAAUCAGCAUAGAUCGUUGAAUGGAUGGACGUGGGCAUUCAGAGACUACUUUUGGGAGGGCCUCACAGCUGAACUGGACAAUCCAAAUACACAAAUUUUAGCUGACCUUAUCGAUCCAAUGAGUUUUAAUGACCGCUUUGAGACUGUACCAAAAUAUAUCGUCAGUGCUGCCAAAGAUGAGUUCUUCAUGUUGGAUGGAACAAGAUUCUUUUUUGAUCAACUAAAAGGGCCAAAACUCUUCUGGAUGGCUGAAAAUGCACCCCACUGGCUCGAGGGGAAAUAUGUUGAACUUGCAGAAAACACUGCAGCUUUCUUCACAACUGUGAUCAACAAUAACCCACUCCCAAACAACAAUUGGACGUUCGCAGUUAAUGAAGCAACCAGAAUCGGAACCAUUACUUUCAGCACCGACACUGCCCCACGUGCUGUGAACGUAUGGGUUGCCGAACCAAUAAUUGGUUCUGAAGUAGGAAAUAGGCGUGACUUCCGCUGGCAACAUCUUGUACCAGGCUAUGUACCACCACCGGGAACGGACAUAACAGGGAACGAUAACGGGAUAAUCACAUACGAAGCAACUCUUGGAUACCCCGACGCUGCCGAAAAUGAAGUUUACACGGCAUUCUUCAUAGAGGCUUCCUUUGCAACUCCUGACUUGGACGAAUACCAGAUAUCAACCGAGGUACACAUCUUGCCUAAUACAUGGCCCAUUGACUCGUGUAGCGGGGAGGGAUGUAGGGGCCAGUUGGUGUAGGUGCUGCCAUCUUUUUGAGAUAUCGGUUGUUUGUUGGACCUAGAGUAUACUAUAAAAUAAAAUAAAAUGAAACUAACAGA